AGUACCAAGAUGGUGGAAGAUGAAAAACCCCCUAAUAUGUUCUACAUAAUUCCCGAUCUUCUGGAAGAAAUUUUCAUUCGAUUGCCUUCGAAAUCGAUCCUCAAGUUCAGAACGGUAUCAAAACAAUGGAGAACAAUCCUGGAAUCGAAAAGUUUCUUGGAAAGGCGUAUGAAUAAUACUCAGAGACAUUGGAAAAUCCUUGCUGCUUACGAUAGCAACCGAACGAGUCCUUUCGUAGACAAUGAAGAGAUAGUUUAUCUGCACAGCGACAAAGAUGCAGCAGGACGACCGUCGUUGAGCUGCGACGGUUUGCUCUGCUUCCCGGAACAGGAUUGGAUCAUCGUUGUGAACCCCCUCACCGGCCAACUCCUGAGAUUCCCUUCCCGACUAGAUGAUACAGUAUCAUCGACCUUAGACACUGAUAGCGUGAGAGUUGCAGGAGCAGGGAUGGCUUUAUUUCCGGGAUAUAGGGCAAUGGGAUUUGGUAGAGACGAAGUUACGGGGUUGUAUAAAGUGGUGAGGAUGUGUUUUCAUCCUGUGGAAGAAGACGACGAAUGUGAGCUUCUUGACGUUGCAACUGGUGAAUGGCGAACACUAAGUCCACCUCCUUGCCAGGUCGAGGUGGUAAGAAAGUCAGUUUGUGUGAAUGGGUCAAUCUACUGGUUAACGGUUGAUCAGGACUACCGAAUACUAGCCUUGAAUCUUCACACACAAGAGUUCCACUACGUGUCGGUUCCAGAUACUCCGGUCACGUGGUUCAGAAUCCAGAUACUAAAUCUUGAUGACCGUCUAGCCAUAGCCAAAGCGACAGGUGGGCAUCCUGGUUGGAAACUAAAGAUAUGGAGUAUGGAUAAAGAAGGAUGGAGCAAAACUUAUUCCAUAAGUUUAGCCGCUCUAAAGAUCAGCCCACUGGAUUUAACUUGGUUCACGCCGUUGACAGUUUGUGAGUUAGGGAAUGUUGUCUUUUGUGACAAUCACAAGAGGUUGUUCAAAUAUUAUACAGAGUCAGGCGAGAUUCGCUGUCUCUCGUCGGAUAUAUGUGUUAUAUCUCCUUACCUCGAGAAUUUGGUGCCACUACAGUCAGAGUCAGUCAAAACAUCUAGAUGCAGAUUGUUUCCGGAGCAAGGUUCCAAGAUUUUUAAAUGGAGCAGUUUUUGGAUCCCAGAUCUUGCGUUUGCCAGUCUAGUUAUAGUUGGUUAUAUCUGUCUUCGUUCUCUAGCAGUGCCUUGUUCAGUCUCUACGAGUUUUAGGAAUUUAAAUUGAUGUUAGUGGAUUUCUUUGCCCCCCUUGCUUAUAAACUCGUACA